AAAAGCUCUGAAAGAGAUCUCCCAGGACAUGCAGUGGCACCUGCCAUACAGAAGUCAGGGGAGCAGAAGGCAGUGUACAUUGAGACCUAUGGUUGCCAGAUGAACAGCAGUGACACAGAGAUACUUCGGGGCAUCUUGGCGCAGCAUGGCUUCACACGCGCAGAUGACCCUGCUGGUGCAGACGUCAUCCUGCUCAACACCUGUGCAAUCAGGGAGAAAGCUGAGCAGAAGAUCUUCUCCCGCCUGGGAGAAAUCAAGGCCCUCAAGAAGACCAGAGACAGCGAGCGGAUGCCGGUGUGUGUGGGCGUCAUUGGGUGCAUGGCGGAGAGGCUGAAGGACCAGUUGUUUGAGCAGAAAGUUGUGGAUAUUGUUGCGGGCCCUGAUGCGUUCCGCAGCCUCCCGGGGUUGAUACAUCUAUUCACCCAGGGUAGGGAUGGAGAAGACAACGACUUGAUCAAUGUGCAAUUGAGCACAGAGGAAACUUAUGCGGACGUGAGACCAGUCAGAGAAGUGGGUGCAGUCAGUGCAGCGGUGUCGAUCAUGAGAGGAUGCAACAACAUGUGCAGCUUCUGUAUUGUGCCCUUCACUCGCGGCCGCGAACGCUCCCGCCCUGCUGCAUCCAUCCUGGCAGAGGUGAAGCAGCUGCAUGAGGAAGGCUGCAAAGAGGUUCUGUUGCUGGGACAGAAUGUGAAUUCAUAUGCAGACCUGAGUGGCAGUGAACGGGCGUCCACUGGCAAUGAGGCAAGCACGUCAUACUAUGCAGAGGGUUUCAGCUCGGUUUAUAAGCCACGCCGUGAAGGUGCUAUUCCAUUUGGUGAGCUACUGGAAGCAGUUGCCAAAGCUGUUCCUGAGAUGCGCAUCCGCUUCACCUCUCCACACCCAAAGGACUUCUCGGAUGAGGUCCUUCAGGUUAUUGCAAAGCACAGCAACAUAUGCAAGAACCUCCACAUGCCUGCACAAUCGGGCAGCACAAGGGUUCUCUCAGGAAUGAAGCGAGGGUACACAAGAGAAGCCUAUGAUGCUCUGGUAGAACGAGCAAGGGCCUUAAUGCCAGAGAUUGCGCUGUCCACGGACAUCAUAGUGGGCUUCUGUGGAGAGGAGGAAGAGGACCACCAGGGCACCUUGGAUCUGCUGCGCACCGCGGGCUAUGAUCAAGCCUUCCUUUUUGCUUACUCAAAGCGCGACAAGACACACGCAGCGCGCCAUCUGCAGGAUGACGUUCCCCAGGAUGUGAAGAUGAGGAGGCUGAACGAGGCCAUUCAUGUGUACAAGGAAGUGCUGACUGCCCGCAAUCAGGCCGAGGUGUCAUGCCGGCACCUUGUCUUGGUUGAGGGACCGUCGCGGCGCUCUCCAAGCAUCCUCACGGGGCGGACGUGCACGGGCAAGCGGGUGUUCAUGUGCGACGAGGAAGUUUCCUCGUCAUAUGGGCCAUCACAACCCAGGAGGUCAGCUGCGCGCAUGCAGCCGGGCGACUAUGUGGCGGUGGACAUCAUCUCAGCCACCGGCUCCGCUUUGCAGGCAAAAGCCCUGGGUGUGACCAGUAUUGCUGAGUUUGUGGACCUGCAUGGGAGCACUGUCGUGAGUGCUCAAGAUGCGGCAUGCCAGCCGCCGGGGCUUGCUGUUGCUGCUUAUGCCGAAUGCUAG